AUGCAAGAAACAGGCGGAAAAAACUUUCAACAAUGUUCAAAUCAGGUCCCUGGUCUAGUUCAACGACUUUAUGACCGAAUAAAACACGAAUAUCCGGUGGCUAGAGCUGUUCUUGAUAUCGAUUUUGAGCAAGAAAUGUAUACGGCUCUUGGAUCAAUGUAUUUUGUGCGAAGCUCAUCUGUGGACAAAGUAGCGCAGUACAAUUUUGAGGCUGGCAGAUAUGAGAGAUUGAAAGAUGGAAUUGAAAUGAUUACGAAAGAUUUGGAUAAGUUACCCUUUGUGAUCAAACAGAAGUUUCCGAAGCACUUUUGGCCGUCAUUUCGAUGGGGAAGGAAAGGAUUCGUGCAUGCGCGAUUUCGAUACGCUCAACACUACUUCGAUCUGGUAAACGUUCACCUAUUUCACGACGAGAACAAUCUGGCUUUGAUACAUGAGAAUCCCAAUCUCUAUUCGGCGAAUCGUCAACGAGCAUUGGCUUUCGUGUUGGCUCACCUGAAAAACACUCAAAACGGUCAUCCCUCCUACAGUUUUCUCUUCGGCGAUUUGAAUUUCCGGCUAGAUUCGACGAGAUUCUUAAAUCAAUUAACAGCCGCCACUGAGUCACAUCCGAUUGGGGAUUCGGAUUUGCCGCAUGGAAGUGUCGCAAAUUGUCUCAAUCUCAAUGUUCCUCAUGAGGUUCAACACAGUAGUUCGGGACACGAGCUGGAAAACCAUUUGAGUUUACCCACUGAACAGCUGAGGAGAACGGUUUCAGCGAUUGAAUUCAGAAGAGAAAUCUCUGAUGACUCGGACUCGGAUCAAGCCUCGGAAAGAUCCUUCUCGAAAACGAAUUGCGUGCUGAGGAUUGAAAAGAAACGAUUCGAGUAUUUCAAUGCAAAGAAGCUAUUGCAAGAUUGGAAUGAAUAUCUUGAAUUCGAUUUUGAGACAAAAGCUUUCCCAGAGCUUCACGAGAUUCCCAUCGAUUUCCCGCCAACAUAUCCAUGGAGUGAGGAUCCAGCCGAGUCAAAUGUUCUGAUGAAAACUAGGGCUCCCGCUUGGUGUGACAGGGUGCUAAUGAAUGAACGGGCAUGGAAACUGGUGAAAGAAGGCGACGCCUCUUAUCAAAGCUUUGGCCAGGAAACAUGUAUGGGCGAUCAUAAGCCAGUCUACCUGUGUUUCGCGGUCACUGAGCAA